CCAGGACUUCGGAGGACCACUAACCAAAAUCGAUCGCACAACCUGCUGAGGAAGGCCAAGAUGCAGGCGAUUUUCCUGAGCAGGAGCUCCAGGAAACACUCCUUUUGAUUUUCUCACCCGGUACUUCCACAGCCAUUUAGCCCCUUGGCUAACUGGAGAGGAAGACGCUGCUGCCCAGCCCUCUGGGGGGAGCACUAAGUCUUUUGAACCCAAGAAAAGAAAGGGCAGAGAGUGCUAGGGAGGCUGCCCACAGCUCUCACCUGCCCCGGGGCAAUAGGGCGGUGAGGGGGAAGAAGAGAGAGGGAGGAGGAGCCAGCAGUGGGCCGGCCUGGGGGAAGGGAGUCAAAGUGAAACUCCUCAAAGUUGGUCAAAACGUGGAAAGGCCUGGCCCCGGGAGGAGUAAGCUGGUGGCUUUUCCCUGCAGCUCCUUGCCUUCUGAGGCCGGGGCCAGCUGGGCUGCAGCCAGAGGCUUCCUACUCCGGGAGAAAGCGGGGGCAGAUCCCGAGACUGGCCAGCACCGGGGCUCCGAUCCCGGAGCUCGGGCUGGCGAGGCUGGAGGAGUCUAGGGGGCCGUGGCGCUCCACGCCUGCCUCCCACCCGGUGCCUCCUCGUCCAUGAGCAGAGCUCCCCAUGGCCCUGAGCAAAGGGCUGCGGCUGCUCCGGAGGCUGGAGCCCCCAGGGGAGAUCAGCAUCCUGCUGGAGGCCCGCAGCCGCCAAGACUGUCUGCUCUUCGAGGCCGGCACUGUAGCCACGCUCACUCCAGAAGAAAAGGAGGUAAUUAAAGGACAGUAUUGGAAACUCAUAGAUGCUUAUGGCUGCUUGGGCGAGCUCAGGUUAAUAUCUGGUGGCACACAGCUAAGCUUCCUGGUCUUGGUGACAGGCUGUACAUCAGUGGGAAGAAUUCUGGAUGCUGAGAUCUUUAAAAUCACGACAGUAGACUUCUGUCCACUCCAGGAUGAUGUCAAGGAAGAAGACCGUCUCACUGCCCUGAAAAAAAUUCUGAACUCUGGAAUGUUCUAUUUCUCCUGGCCAAAUGCUGGGUCCAACUUCGACCUGACUGUCCGAGCCCAAAAGCAGGGUGAUGACAAUUAUGAGUUAGGAAACUCCUUCUUCUGGAAUCAGCUGUUGCAUGUGCCCUUGAAACACUACCAGGUGAACUGUUCCGAUUGGCUGCUGAAGGUGAUCUGUGGUGUAGUGACCAUCCGCACUGUCUAUGCCUCACACAAACAGGCCAAAGCUUGCCUCAUCUCCCGGAUCAGCUGUGAACGAGCUGGUGCCCGUUUUCACAUCAGGGGAGUGAACGAUGAUGGACACGUGUCUAACUUUGUUGAGACUGAGCAGACAAUUUACAUGGAUGAUGGCGUGUCGUCUUUUGUCCAGAUCAGAGGCUCUGUUCCAUUAUUCUGGGAGCAGCCAGGGCUUCAGGUUGGCUCUCAUCAUCUAAAACUUAACCGAGGUCUAGAAGCAAAUGCUCCUGCUUUUGACAGGCAUAUGAUGCUUCUGAAAGAGCAGUAUGGAAAGCAAGUGAUCGUUAACCUGUUGGGAAGCAGAGGAGGAGAGGAGGUGCUCAACAGAGCCUUCAAGAAGUUGCUUUGGGCCUCUUUCCAUGCUGGAGACACACCUAUGAUCAAUUUUGACUUCCAUCAGUUUGCCAAAGGAGGGAAAAUAGAAAAAUUGGAGAAUCUGUUGAGGCCCCAAUUAAAAUUGCAUUGGGAUGAAUUUGAUGUUUUUGCCAAGGGUGAGAAUGUAAUUCCACGUUUCCAAAAAGGUACCUUGCGAAUGAACUGUCUGGACUGCUUGGAUCGAACAAACACUGUACAGUGUUUUAUAGCCCUUGAGGUCCUUCACUUACAACUGGAGAGCUUGGGACUAAAUUCAAAGUCAGUCAUUGAACGCUUUGUGGAGUCAUACAAAGCCAUGUGGUCUCUUAAUGGUCACAACUUGAGCAAAGUCUUUACCGGCAGCCGGGCGCUAGAAGGAAAGGCUAAGGUUGGGAAACUCAAGGAUGGGGCUCGGUCUGUGUCUCGAACUAUUCAGUCCAAUUUCUUUGAUGGAGUGAAGCAGGAAGCCAUCAAACUACUGCUGGUUGGUGAUGUCUACAAGGAUGAGUAUGCGGACAAAGGGAGGAUGCUUUUGGAUGGCACAGCUCUUUUAGUGACUCCAAGGAUCUUAAAAGCCAUGUCAGAGCGCCAGUCAGAAUUCACCAAUUUCAAACGGGUUCGGAUUGCCAUGGGAACAUGGAAUGUAAAUGGAGGAAAACAAUUCAGGAGUAAUCUUCUUGGCACUGGAGAAUUAACAGAUUGGCUUCUGGAUUCUCCUAAGCUUUCAGGGGCUACUGAAUUUCAAGAUGACAGCAGCCCAGCUGACAUAUUUGCAGUGGGAUUUGAAGAGAUGGUGGAACUGAGUGCAGGAAAUAUUGUCAAUGCUAGCACUACCAAUAGAAAAAUGUGGGGAGAGCAGCUUCAGAAAGCUAUUUCAAGGUCUCAUAGGUACAUUCUGUUGACUUCAGCCCAGCUAGUAGGAGUCUGCCUUUAUAUCUUUGUACGUCCUUACCAUGUCCCAUUUAUCAGGGAUGUAGCAAUUGACACAGUGAAGACUGGCAUGGGAGGAAAAGCUGGGAACAAAGGCGCCGUUGGCAUCCGAUUUCAGUUCCACAGCACCAGCUUCUGUUUCAUUUGUAGUCAUUUGACUGCUGGACAGUCACAGGUCAAAGAGAGGAAUGAAGACUAUAAGGAGAUUACACAGAAGCUUAGUUUCCCCAUGGGAAGAAGUGUGUUUUCUCAUGACUAUGUAUUCUGGUGUGGUGAUUUCAAUUACCGAAUUGAUCUGACUUAUGAAGAAGUCUUCUAUUUUGUUAAGCGACAAGACUGGAAGAAGCUUCUCGAAUUUGAUCAACUACAACUACAGAAAUCAAGUGGAAAAAUUUUUAAGGAUUUUCAUGAAGGUACCAUUAAUUUUGGACCCACAUACAAAUAUGAUGUUGGCUCAGAAGCUUAUGAUACAAGUGAUAAAUGCCGAACCCCAGCCUGGACUGACAGGGUACUAUGGUGGAGGAAAAAGCAUCCUCUUGACAAAACAGCGGGAGAGCUCAACCUUCUAGACAACGAUUUAAAUGUUGACUCCAAAAUCAAGCACACCUGGUCUCCCGGCGCUCUCAUGUACUAUGGCCGAGCAGAACUGCAGGCUUCCGAUCACAGACCUGUGUUGGCUGUUGUGGAAGUGGAAGUCCAAGAAGUGGAUGUAGAUGCCCGGGAGAGAGUCUUCCAAGAAGUGUCAUCUUUCCAGGGACCCUUAGAUGCUACCGUUGUAGUCAACCUACAGUCACCAACUCUCGAAGAAAAGAAUGAGUUCCCUGAGGAUUUGCGGGCUGAGCUUAUGCAAACCUUGGGGAAUUAUGGGACCAUAAUCCUUGUCAGGAUCAAUCAAGGGCAGAUGUUGGUGACUUUUGCAGAUAGCCGGUCAGCCCUUAAUGUCUUGGAUGUGGAUGGCAUGAAGGUUAAAGGCAGAGCAGUGAAGAUCAGACCAAAAACAAAGGAUUGGCUGAAAGGUCUUCAAGAAGAAAUUGUACGGAAACGGGACAGCAUCGUGUCCAUGUCACCCACUGCCAACUCCUGUCUGUUAGAAGAGAAUUUCGACUUCUCCAGUUUGGACUACGAAUCAGAAGGAGAUAUUCUCGAUGAGGACGAGGACUACUUGAUUGAGGAGCAAAAUCCUACCUUCCUCCCUGACCCAGAAUUGUCAGGGGACGAUUAUUCGGAAGCCUCAAGUUCUUCCACAGCAGGGGCACCUCCAAGCAAGUCUCCUGCCUUAACUAAAAAGAAAUCUCGCCCCUACAAAGAUGAUGCCGACCUGGCAGAGUUAAAGCAGGAGCUGGAAGCUGUUGGGGACUUCCGCCAUCGUUCUCCAAGCAGGUCUCUGUCUGUUCCUAACAGGCCUCGGCCACCUCACCCACCGCAGAGACCCCCCCCUCCAACUGGUUUAAUGGUGAAAAAAUCUGCUUCUGAUGCAUCGAUUUCCUGUGGCACUCAUGGGCAAUAUUCCAUCUUGCAGACAGCUAAGCUUCUUCCAGGAGCUCCUCAGCAGCCACCUAAAGCCAGGACUGGUAUAAGUAAACCAUAUAAUGUCAAACAGAUCAAAACUACCAAUGCUCAGGAAGCUGAAGAAGCCAUUCGAUGCCUCAUGGAAGCAAAAGGAGGGACACAAGAGGAGGCACUAAAUGCUGUUUUCUUAAGAAACCAAGUUUCUACGAAACCAGAACCUUUAUCUAACGUGUCCAAGCCAGGAUCUUCACAGACAUCUCAGCUUCUCCCUCAUCGACCUGCACCCAGAGUUCCUGUGAUUAAGAAGCCAACCUUACGACGGACAGGAAAAUCUUUAUCCCCGGAAGAGCAGUUUGAGCAACAAGUCAUCCAGUUUACCCUUGGGUCCCCAGAGCCUAGUCUUGAAAGCCACAGUCUAGCGGUGCCCCCUCGAGUUGCUCCCAUCCCCAAACCAAGAACUUUGCAGCCUGGGAGAGCUGUGGAGAGAAGACUGAGCAGCGAAGCCCAGGCAGAAGGAGAGGCCACGGUGCCGCCAUCUUUGGAAACCGCCUCUCAUGUUCCCAAGGUUCCUCCCAGGAGGAAGAAGUCAGCCCCGGCAGCUUUUCACCUACAGGUUCUGCAGAGCAGCCAUCUGCUCCUCCAGGACGGGGCCUGCUGCGGCAGUAACAACAACAACAACCAUCACUAUGACUCCCGGGCCGGUGACCCGCCUGACUCUGGCCCACCUGCUCCUCAAGCAGACCUUGUUGGCCCUGCACCGGCGCCUGGCCUUCGUGCCGACAAUACCAAGGCAGCCAGCCUUCUGGGGGAGCAUCAGGAUCCCUUCUUGAGUCUUCUCCACCACCCAAAAAUGUUGGACGCGGGCUGGUUCACUAGGAGUGCUGAGCCUUUGGGUCCGGUGACCCCAUGUCUGGAAAGGGAAUCCCCCAAGCCAGCCCAAGGAGGUGCUCCAGCUGCUAGGGUGGGACCUUUGCACAAAGACCUGGAACACUGGAGUAUAUUCAGUGACGACGAAGACAAGAGGACGGCAUUGCAGCUGUUUGAUCCACUGGCAAAAACAUGACAAAAAGACCUUUACAGACACUCACUGCCUUGUAAAAUUGUGUGUCCGUUUUCCCCUAAACAUAUCAUUGUAAAUGUUACCGAUAAGAAACUUCCUCUUUGUCAAAUGCUGGUCAAAUAGGACCUUUUUCUUCUUCCGUUUCAACAGCACAUUGGAGAAAAUGUGUGUCUAUUUCAUCUUGUACAGUUUCCCGAAAAUACUUUACCUUUAAUCUGUAGGAUCGAUUGUCAUUCGGCCACCUUAGCCACUGAGAAAAUGUUUUGUUGCAGGUUUGGGCAUGUUAGGUUCUUUUUCUCUCUUUAGGAACCUUCUUCCCUUCUCACCCUUGACCUCCCGACCCACUAAAAAAUAAAUUUAAUUAUGCAUACUUUGAGGGAGAGGAAAACGGCAAAUCCCAUGGGCACUGCCCCAGCAAAUGAUGUCUCUCCUUCAAUUUGGACGGCAUGUUAUAGAUCACAAGAUAUUUGUGUGUUUUCUGUAUAAACAGCACUUUUAAACUGGCCUUGCUUUCAAAACUGUCAGCCUUCAGUCAAAGGAUUCACUGAAAAGCCUUGAGACCAAAGUUGUCCGAAACACACGGAAGGCUAUGUUGGACGAGGUAAGCAAAUGUGAACCAAAUGCCCUGAUGUGCAUUCCAUUGAUCCUCUGUUAUAAAAUUCUUGUACACAUGAUAAAGAGCGUCGAUUUCUAUUGAGCCUGUGUCUAGUGUUUUAACAGUAGCUCAAAUUUGCUUAAAAAAAUCUUACAGCGUGUCUUAUGUAUCCCUUAAACUGCAACAGAUCCCUGUGUUUUUAAAUUCUGCUUUAUACUGCAUACCUACUAUGAUACAUAAAACCUCACUAAUCUUCUUCUCAUAUAUUCCACACACAGAAGAAGCAUAAAAUGAGUAGCUCAGUUUCAUGAUUAUGCCUAGUUGGGAGCCCGUGUUGUCCUGACCUUGCUCCCCAGAGUUUUCUGUAGGAGUGCCACAUGCCCCAUUGUCACACAACCCCUGAGACAAAGCUUCUUUGUUCUUUUAAGUGGACUUUUUGUGUGUACAUAUGUUUUAGCUCUCUCCCCUCCAGCUCCAAGAUGGCCUUGAUUUCUGGCUCCCAAAACAAGAUUAAACAUGGUAGGAGCUUUUCUAUUUUCAAAAUUGUUAGGCCCGAGUUACUUUACUUUUCACUUAAAGAUGAUCGGAUUUUCCUCAUGUGGAAUCUAUUGGUUACUUGGGGAAAAUAGCAGAACUGUUUAAGCACGUGUGCAGAGACCCAAAUGAAUAGCACUUGUUACCCAGGCUCAGCCUAGAUGACUAAUCCCUCAGUACAGAGAAAGUUAAACCCUAGCUGCCUUAGAGAUGGUAUAGGAAGAAGACCUGGUAAAGAAUGGAUGGCAGGUUGCUAGUGAUUUUGAUUCUCUAACACUAAUGUAUCUCCAAAUUCUUAAAACUUUAAUUUUUAAAGAAUAAACAUGCUGUUAAAUGCCCUCUAAGUUAGGGGAUGCUAGCUUCAAACCAAAUAAUAUGAUGUGUUUCUCAAAAGUCUGAAUGUUUUGGCUCUAGAACACCCAGAGCUGAUGGUGUGUUGUAAUAUAACUAUCAAACAAAAAAUUAUUGCAGUAUCCUAUUUAUCUUCCAGCAUUUUGGCCUUUUGGUUCUUUCAGAUGCCUUUGAAUAUUUGCAGAAAUCCUUCUUCUAGAACAUCUACAGAUUUAAAGGCUGGCCAAGAAUGUCCUCUUCUACCUAAAUUUUUUAGAGGAUUCCCCUUUCUAAAAAUUAUGGUGAAAGUAAUUAAGGCUAAACAAACCAUGUUGUUUAUUUCCUGCCACAGCCACAUUCUGGAGUUUUGAAGUGGUUUUCUUUAAUACCAGGCAAAUUAAUAUUAGCCUUCCUGAAAAGGACAACCCCUCAUAUCUUGAGUCAGUUUUUAGAUGAAACACAGAUGUUAGGAUCCUCUAGCUUAUCAAUUGAUUUCCAUAUGGAAGUUGAAAGAGAACUCUGAUGUGUAUGUGGUGGUAUGAAUCUUGGAAUCUAUGAGGCUGAGGGGUUAAUAAAUGACUCCGUAGAUUUUAGGACAUGUAAUGGCUGGAACUGGAAUUCAAGUCUUUUGAGUCUUGACUCAGUGUUCUUUUUAAAAGGUGUAUCACCUUUCAGUUCAGGAAUUUGCUGUGGAAAUAGAAGGAAGGAAAAGGACAAAGGAGCUAGGAAAAUUUGGAAGAAGCUGAAUAUUAUGUGGUUGCAUUUGUGUUUUUUUUUUUUUAAGUUUUAUGUGUAACUAGAUCAGAGAAAAACUGACAGAUGAAAGGAAAAUAGAAAUUGUGAAAGUGUUAGCUGAGAAUAGAUUGUGAUCUAUUAGAAUGCAGAUUAGCAAAUUAUCUCACAAUGUUGUUUCAUUUUAGAAAUCAGGAGUUGGAAUUUUCAAAAUCAUAAAUUUUCUGGACUGGAAGCAUUACUUGAAUCAAAGUUCUUGUUUUUGUAUGUCAUGGACUCCAGUAAGUCUGGUCUUAAAAUAAGGAAUCCUUAAAAUGUUUGUUACAUAGGAUUACAAAGAAAAACAAUUAUACUGAAAUGAAAAUGUAACAUUUUAAAUUCAUGGACCCAGUUAAAAACCCCUGAUUCUAAGCUUGGAAUAAUUGCACUUCAGGGAAUUUCCUUUUGUAAUUUUAUUUUUUAAGGUUUUCCACUAAAAAAAUUUUUUUAACCUGAUUAUUAGUCUGCUGCUUUCAAUACAGAUGAUUUGUAAAAGCCACAGGUUACUACAGAGCUUUUUAGUUACCUUGAAAAUUUAGCUUUGCCUCUUGUUCUCUGAUGCCCACUGGGUUUUGGUGCCAUCUUCUGAAAUACAUCAUAGGAUCAUCGAUUCAGAACUGCAAGGGAGCUGGAGCCCAUAUAGUCCAACCUUCCCCAUAUUUUGUAGAUUAGGAAAUGGAAGUCCAGAGUGUUCAACUGACUUUCCCAAGGAGCAAAGGAGGGCGAGAGCCAAGUCCUGAUUCAAACCCAAGUCCACAAACUUAAAAUUUAGUGUCCUUUCUACAGAAUAACAUGCUAUUAUUUUUCUUUGACCUGCUAAGAUUCACAAAAAUGUGGUUGAAAUAAGGACCAUUUAUCCCUGAAAAGGUUUUGAAAUAGUUGAUGCUGCUGAAACAUUGUUAACAAAAGCACUGCCAGGUAUGCACAUCCAUCCACCCCAAGGUAAUUUAUUAAAGUAUUUCAUUCAUAAUAAUGCAUCAAGUGUGUUGAGAAAGGAAGAAAUGAUUUACUGAGUAAAUUAUAUUUAACCACUUAGCAGCUGAAAACCCUGUGAUAUUUUAUUUGAAGUGGAAUUUUUUUGUAUUAAAGUUAUAAAUAUUGUCUAUUAAAUGUUUCUUUUAAAAAACACACAUGUUUUUAACAACAAA